AUGUAUAUGAAUAUUGAUACUAUUCUUAAAGUUUUUGUUGCACCCAAUAUAAUUGAAAAGAUUCGUUAUGAAAUAAAUUAUAAUCUAUUUUAUCAUUCAGCCAAAAUUAGUCCUGAGUCUUUGCAUUUAUAUCAGAUGCAAAAUAACGAUACAAUGUUCAUCGACAAUGUAUUUGACUAUCCAUUGGCUUAUUCUUUUUCUAUUUUUAAACAAGCAGAGGACAAAAUAGUUGAAAUCUGGGAACAUAUUCUCUUGCUGCAAAAUUUUGUAGCAAGUCAUUGGUUACAUGAUGAAUGUCAAGAUAAAGACCUUGCAACAGGUGAAAUAUCUAGUAUGGCGCAUCCAUUAUCUAUUGUCGCUAAAAAAUUAAUACAAAAGAAAAGGGCUUAUGCAGAGACUAUUGGAAUUGCAUAUAAAGUGAUUAAUAUUGCUAUUGAAAAGGACAAUUCAUGUAUUCUUAAGUUUUUAAAGAAAUAUAUUGUUCAAAAUGAUCAUUCUCUUGUUGAAAAUACAACCAGUGUAUCUUCUUCUAGUCAAACGACAAAUUUAUAUAAGGAAUAUUCUGAACCAAAUAACAUUUCUAAGUCAUCACCUGUUAAAGUUACUAAUUCUGUGAAAAAAAACUAG